UACGCGAUCGAGACGAUGACGUCCCGCACUGACGUUCGCGGCUGUUCCUCGAUGAGGGAAGGAUCGAAGGUGACGCGCGUCAAGGAUCGUCUUCUCCACGACGGGGAGGAUCGUGAGGACCGCCCGUUGAACAGCGGUUGCAAGAGCGGCCAAGGGAAUCGUUACCAUUUCGGGAUGGCGAGGAACGAGGAGAGGGACGAGGCGAGCAAGAACGGGCGAGACUACGGGGAACACGGGAACGUAAACGCGGACGUGUUGUACAAAAAGAGCAAGGAACACUUCGGCGCGUGGGAUAUCAAGGACAUUGUGCAGGACGAGGGUUCGAGAUCGAGGAGGCAGACGGAUCGAUUGACGAACGGCCGGUCGAGAGCGCAAGAUCGUUGCGCCGAUGUCGACGACGUUGAGGGGAAGACGGGAUCGGGAAUCGAUCGGUCUUCCGGGCAAGUCGAGGAAAAAGGCCCGCACAGGUUGAGGAGAAAGGAGAGGUGGGAAAGCUCGGACGGUUCGAAAUUUUCCGCCGCGAGAUCGGGUCGAACGGCGAGAGGCGACGAGAGAGGCGAUCGCGAACUUUUGAAAGAGAUCGAGAAUUUGAGCGUCGUCGAUGGAAGGUCGGGCGAGGAUCGGAGGAUCGGGGCGAUGAUCGAGCGGUUCAAGUCGAGGGAAGAGGAUAAGUCCAAGUUACGUCCAGGGGAGUGGAAUUCGAUCGGUUCGACCGAGAGGGAGGGGUACGGGUCGAGGGGCGGAGGUCGAGGUGAACUUCGUACAGAUCGUGUCACGGAUAUCAACGAUCGCGAUAGGGGCAGGAUCCAGAAAGACGAUCCGGCGGGGGAGCGCGGAUCCAGAGGGUCUAAGUUGGGAGGGGCGGAGAAAUACGGGCGAGAGGAGGUCCGUGGCAGGAGUGGUUCCGUGGACCGAAGGAUGGAAAAAUUCAGCGACCCGUUUGUGGACAAGAGGCGUUCCAAGGAGACGGUGGAAGACGACGUUUCACGGAGGAGAGAGAAUAAUCUAAGGAGGCGAAGUUACGCGUACGACGGUAACCCGGACGAUUUCGAGGUGAGGAUACAGAGGUACGAGAGAGGUGUGGUCCCGGAGGCUGGUAGAAGAGACGCGGAUUCGUUCAAGCGGGUCUCGUCGAAGGAAUCGGGCGUCGAGCCGGGGAGGAGGGACUCCUUCAAGGAUCCUCUGGAUCGACAGGUAACGAGGAGGACUUCGUUCAACAAGUGUUGCGACGCGAGAAGGAACUCGCACCGCUCUCGGGACAGAGAGUCCAGCAAGGAUCGCGAGAACGAGCCGUGGUCAGGAAAGAGUUCGUUCAAAAGCCAGGACGCGGAGAAGAAAUACUCGGGAAGGGAGAAUCCGGAGCAACGCGUUUCGUCCAAGGAGCAAGGUUACGAGGGAGCGGGGAGGAAGAAUUCCUUCAAGGAACCGGAUUCGGAUUACGGGAGAAUUUUGUCGAAGAAUCGAGACAACGACGAGGAGGAGAGGAAGCGCUCGUUCAAGGGGCACAACUCCGAUACCGGAGUUAGUCGAAUCACUUUCGAACAACAGGACGCCGAUCCGAGCAGGGUACACUCGUGCAAGGAUCGAGAGGCGGACGUCGGCUCGAGGGUGAGCUUCGACCGCUCGGGGCGUAAGAAUUCCUCGAAGGAGAAGAGCGUAGAAUUUGGCGGGAUUUCGUACAGGGAUGACGACGACGACGCCGAGGCGGGGAAAGCUCGGUCUUUUCGAAAUCUCGACGAGGCGAGAAGGAGGCACUCCCCAAAUGGCCGGUACGUCGAGUUCGUCUCUUUUCAGAGCGAGGCGGACGACUCCGAGGCGAGCCCUUCGAACGAUCGGGGCUACGAUUCGGAGAGGAGAGGCUGGUCGAGGGAGCGCGGGGAUCCCUCGUCCAAGAGGCGAGGUUGCUCCUCGAGGAGCAGGAAUCGGGAAGAGGGCGAUAGCGAUAAAAGAUCGGACAGGCACUCGAGACCGUUGACACCGCCGAAACGGGAGGGCGGGGAGGAGAAAUUCGAUUCGAAGGCAUGGCACGAGAGCAACCGGAUUUUCGCCGCCAACUACAUCCGAGAGAACAGCAGAUACCGGGCGAAUCCCGAGGGGCGUUCGGAGAUCGAUCGAGAUCCGUCCCCCGAAUUCGAGAUCCAAGGAUCCCGAGAUAGGGUUCAUCGUUCGUGGGUCGAGGAGGGGUCGAACCUCGAGUUCGAGGGCUCGAAGCCUCGGAGCGGGUGCGCGAAAUCCGAGGAGAAUCGGGCGCACGCGUUGGGGAAGAACGGGGAGCAUCCGUCUCCGAGAGACGGCGAUGCGAGCAGAUACGCGUCGUCGACCCACGAAGGGAGGAACGGGGCGACGAUCAUCAGGAUUAGAUCGAGCCCGGAAACGGGUGUCGAGAGGAGACGUCGUCGUCGUCCUGCGCAGGACGCGUACGCGACGGGAAGGCGGAGGCGUUACGAGGCGGAGGAGGACGAAGAGGACAGCGAGGAGGACGAGGAGGGCGACGAUCGGCGCGGAGGGUCGCGAGGAGGAGACGGGUUUAUACCUGGAAGAGGCGUUUCCACACCUUCGAGAAGAGUCUGGAAUUACCGCGAAGGGGGUGUCCUGAUCACGGACGUCGAGGAGGGCCAACCUUGUUUGCAAUGCGGGGAUUCGUGUUCAGGAUUCUCACCGCACACGUGGAGAAAGAACUGCACCAGUUGCAAGUGUCCCCGUGAGGCGCACGAUGUGUGCCACGAGGAAUGGGUGUCGGUCAGGUCUCGUUUGGGCUUGAAAGGCGAGGAAUCUUCGUAUCCAGCUACUUUCGAUCCCAGAGGGAAGGGCCUCGCCUGGGCUCCUCCUGGUCUACCAGCUCACAAGGUGGAGGAAUACUUUUCCAUGCUACCGGAAAAAUCCGUACCUAGGUUAGGUACGCCCGGAGAACGAUACAGGGACCGACAAUUGGCAUUUCAGCUGCCUAAGCAGGACUUAGCCAGAGCUUAUUGUCGCCACUUGAAUCCGAAACAUGCCAGCAGUGCUGACGAUUUUAUGGCGGCAAGGAACGAGAUCGCGUUGGAUAUCGGAAGCGUACAGGAAGUGCUUGAAAGAGAUGUUGAUUGCGGUGCGUGCCAUACGCCAUUAAAAUAUGGCACCCUUGCCGUAUCUGCGAGUAAAUUGGGUCUUUUAUACCAUCCUGCAUGUUUUCGUUGCACGGAGUGCAAGGAACUUCUCGUCGAUCUUGCUUAUUGCGUACACGACGACACACUAUUUUGUGAAAGACAUUAUGCCGAACAGUUGAAACCAAGGUGCGCGGCUUGCGACGAGUUGAUUUUCAGUGGCGAGUACACGAAGGCGAUGAGCAAGGAUUGGCACAGCGGCCACUUUUGUUGCUGGCAGUGCGACGAGUCUUUGACCGGGCAACGCUACGUGCUGAGGGACGAGCACCCUUACUGCAUCAAGUGCUACGAGAGCGUAUUCGCGAAUGGGUGCGAGGAGUGCAACAAAAUCAUCGGCAUCGAUUCCAAGGAUUUGUCGUACAAGGAUAAGCAUUGGCACGAGGCCUGUUUCCUGUGCAACAGGUGCAGAGUGUCCUUGGUGGACAAACAGUUCGGUAGCAAGGUGGACAAGAUCUACUGCGGGAACUGCUACGACGCCCAAUUCGCCAGCCGUUGCGAUGGAUGCGGCGAGAUCUUCCGUGCCGGUACGAAGAAGAUGGAGUACAAGACCAGGCAGUGGCACGAGAAGUGCUUCUGCUGCGUGGUAUGCAAGAACCCGAUCGGGACUAAGAGCUUCAUCCCGCGCGAGCAAGAGAUCUAUUGCGCCGCGUGCUACGAGGACAAGUUUGCCACUCGAUGCGUUAAAUGCAACAAGAUCAUCACCAGCGGUGGGGUAACGUACAAGAACGAGCCGUGGCACAGAGACUGCUUCACCUGUAGCAACUGUAACAAUUCCCUGGCUGGCCAGCGAUUCACGUCUCGCGACGACAAGCCCUAUUGCGCCGAUUGUUUCGGAGAACUGUUCGCCAAGAGAUGCACCGCCUGCUCCAAACCGAUCACAGGCAUUGGCGGAACUCGCUUCAUCUCUUUCGAGGACAGGCAUUGGCAUAACGACUGUUUCAUCUGCGCGGGUUGCAAGACCUCGUUGGUCGGCCGCGGUUUCAUCACCGACGGCGAAGACAUCAUCUGCCCCGAUUGCGCCAAGAUGAAGCUCAUGUAAACGUCAUUUUGGUGGUGAAAACAACAUCGAGCGAAGAGGAAACGAACGAGAAGAAAGGGAGAGGGGGGAAAAGGAAUUUGGAGGGGAAAGAAGAGAUUUUGAUUCAAUGGUGUCCAGCUUGUAUAACGCGAAUAUGUAUAAUAUAUAUCCUCGCUAAGAGAUUUUUGCCUUCGAAACAAAGAGAGACUCCGCUUCGGGAAAAGAGAAAGGUAGAAAGUCGAUCAAUUUUGAUGACCAAUAUUGACGAUCGAGUUAAGUUUGUUCACCAUCUCUGAAACAGGGAAUAUCGCGAUAAAAAUUACCGUGUUUCUCUUAUCAAUUCGAUAUUAUAUUUUCAGGAAAUAUAUAUUAUAUAUUGUACGUGUCCAUAGUAGAGAAAUGCUGUACUUUUUAUCGAGGAGGAAGAAAAGAGAAGAAAAAAAUCGGAUAUCCUUCAGCGAUAAUUUUUUUUCGCAAACGAUAGCUCUCUGUUCUUCUCGGUAUUUAGUAUCGAGUUUUCGUACGCGGUAUUUUCUCGAAGCAGAGAACGCGAGUUGACACGGGGGUACUUGCUAGCUUCGUAGUUUUUUAGAAGCCUUUUUUAGUCACAUUUGCGAUUCCGAUUAUUACCGAUUUCUCCCUCGAACGCGCGAAUGAUCGUGAUCGAGGAGAAGAACCAAGAACCAAGGGUGUUAAACGGAAUAUCGAACGAGCGCAUAAAAUAUUCGCGCGUUGCAGAAACUUCGAAGAGAGCUGCUUCGAAGAAUUCGAGAAUCAAAUCGCCUUAACGUUACUAUUAAUGUGGUCGAAUUGUUGAAAUUAUAUAUAUUUGGAGAAUGGAACGAAGCUACGUACUGUCGUGAUGUUAUUUAACGUUAUUGUUUUUUUUUUCUUCUUUUCGCUUUGUACACAACGAUAGAAAAGAGCGCGACAAGAAUAAACGCGAGGAAUAAAAAUGAAAAAAAAAAAAAAAAAACGAGAGGAAAAAAAAAAUAGAUGGAUCCUAUAUAUUCUUACGGAACUAAAUUUGAUAUAUGGAUAAUAUUAUUUUUAUUUAACUUAACUCACACAUAGACACACACAAACAUACACACGUAUACAUACACACACAUACACACAUACAAGACCGCGAACAAUUAUACACAUACACAUUAACGCGAUGCCUUUACAUGCGCGAAAAAAACUGCACCCUUUUCUCUCUCUCUCCCCCUAUCUCUAUUUCUAUCGCUCUGCGAUAUUGUACAGUAACAGUCGUGCAAAAUUCGAGUAUAACGAACGACUAAUUAAAACGAUGGGGCUCGGGUGCAUAGUUGUUGACAACGAAUGAAAAAUUUUAAAGAUUCAAAAAGUUCGACAUAAGAGAUUUAAAUUUACGUUAUAGUCCAAAGAUUAUGAACUAAAUUUUUACCUUUCCUAUAUACUUCCUAUUCUUAGAAUAAUUUUAACUUUUCACGCGAGCCCAAUUAUAUAUAUUCGCGAAUGAGCGAUAUAAAUUCGCGAGCAUUUUUGCAUCAAUCACGUCAAAUUGAAUAAAAAUAAUAAAAAGUUAAAAUAAUAAUAAUAAUAAUAAUAAUAAUAAAAUAAAAUAUACAAAAGAAAGAGAAAGAAAAAGAAUCACACGCAUCUACACACGCAUGCCGAACGAGUGUGCUACACGCACACGCGGAAAAAAACACUAAUUGUGGCCUUAUCCGCACGAGUACAUAAAGAUAAAAAAAAAAAAAAACUAACGUUUUACGAGAAAUUAAUUAGUUGUUGAUAUAUAUAUAUAUAUAUAUAUAAACGGUACUAUACGGUAGAGAUGUGUUACCGUCGAGAAAAGAUAAAAUAAAUGUGCAAGUGAAUGGGCAGAUAAACGGUAGCGUACCUCUAUAUAUAUAUAUAAAAAAAUAGAAAAAAAAAAAAAAAAAAAAAAAAAAAAAAUUAUAAGAAGAAUAAGAAGAAAGAGCGACAAAAGGAUAUUAUGACGACCAAUAAAAAGUACACGUGCUAUAUAAUAUAUGUUCUUACCGAUCACACUCACAUACUAAUCGCCUUAAUUAGUAAACGAGCAGAGAUUAUUCUAUAUUCAGCGUAUCGUAUACACUGUUAUACUGUGAAAUUGAUAAAUAAAUAAAUGUAAUUAUUUACAAAGA